AUGUUUAGGAUCGGCAGGAGGCAGCUCUGGAAGCAGAGCGCCAGCCGCGUUCUAACGCAACGGCUGAAAGAAGAGAAGGAAGCCAAGAGAGCUCGCCUGGAUGGGAGGCAUGACUAUCUGUUUGCAAUUGUAGCUUCCUGUUUGGACCUGAACAAACUGGAAGUGGAAGAUGCCCUUCUUGAGGGUAAUCAGAUUGAAAGAAUCGAUCAGCUUUUUCCUCCUGGAGGGCUCCGUCAUCUCAUGUUUUACUAUCAGAAUGUCGAGGGGGCAGAAGCAGGACAGUUUGGCUCUUCAGGAGGGGUGAAUCCUGUUUCUGGAAAGGUGAAGAAACCCAAGGUGUUCGUCACCGAAGGAAAAGAUGUUGCUCUUACAGGAGUCUGUGUGUUCUUCAUCAGGUCUGACCCAUCCAAAGCCAUUACGGCUGAGAAUAUCCACCAGGAGGUGAGCUUUAACAUGCUAGACACCACAGACGGGGGUCUGCUCAACAGCGUGCGGCGUCUGCUCUCAGACAUCUUCAUUCCGGCUCUCAGAGCCUCCAGCCAUGGCUGGGGUGAGCUCGAGGGACUGCAGGAGGCGUCCAGCAUUCGGCAGGAGUUCCUGAGCUCUCUGGAAGGUUUUGUGGGCAUCUUGUCAGGUGCACAGGAGAGUCUGAAGGAGAAGGUAAACCUUCAAAAAUGUGACAUAUUUGAACUGACAUCCCUGAAGGAACCCGUGGACUACUUGGCUCUAGCUAGUGACCCCGAGACUGUGGAAAAAGUAGAAGGUUGUAUGAAAGUGUGGAUCAAACAGACAGAGCAGAUCCUUGCUGAGAACAACCAGCUGAGAAAGGAAGCAGAUGAUGUUGGGCCACGAGCAGAGCUGGACCACUGGAAGAAAAGGCUCUCCAAAUUUAAUUACCUUUUAGACCAAUUGAAAAGCCCAGAGGUGAAGGCUGUGCUGGCAGUGCUUGCUGCAGCCAAGUCCAAGCUGCUGAAGGUUUGGCGGGAGACUGACAUUAGGAUUACUGAUGCAGCAAAUGAAGCAAAAGACAAUGUCAAAUAUUUGUACACACUGGAGAAAUGUUGUGACCCUCUGUACAGCAGUGACCCUAUAAGUAUGAUAGAUGCUAUCCCUACACUAAUAAAUGCAAUUAAAAUGAUCUACAGCAUCUCUCACUAUUAUAACACCUCUGAGAAGAUCACAUCUCUGUUUGUAAAGGUGACGAAUCAGAUGAUAUCGGCCUGUAAAGCCCACAUCACCAACAAUGGCACUGCCACCAUCUGGAGCCAGCCUCCGGACAUCGUUACACAGAAGAUACUGUCUGCAAUUCAACUGAAGCAGGGGUAUCAGUCCUGCUUUCAUGAGACAAAACAAAAGCUGAAGCAAAAUCCGAAUGAAAAGCAAUUUGACUUUAGCGAGAUGUAUAUUUUUGGAAAAUUUGAAACUUUCCAUCGACGUCUGGCCAAGAUAAUGGACAUCUUUACAACCAUCAAGACAUACUCAGUUCUGCAAGAUUCCAAAAUAGAGGGGUUGGAAGACUUGGUCACUAAAUACCAGGAUAUUGUUGCUGCCAUAAAGAAGAAGGAAUAUAACUUCUUAGAUCAGCGGAAAAUGGAUUUUGACCAGGAUUAUGAAGAGUUUUGCAAGCGGACUAAUGACCUUCAUAAUGAGCUGCAGAAGUUCAUGGACGGCACAUUUGAAAAGACUCAGAGCACAAGGCGAGCUCUAAGCACGCUGAAGAAAUUUGAAAGAUUGAAUAUACCUAACCUUGGUAUUGAGGAAAAAUACCAAGUAAUUUUUCAGAAUUUUGGAACUGAGAUCGACUUGAUUUCUAAGCUGUAUACGAAACAGAAAUAUGAUCCUCCUUUGGCUCGGAACCAGCCUCCCAUCGCUGGGAAGAUCUUGUGGGCCCGGCAGCUGUUCCAUAGGCUGGAGCAGCCAAUGCAACUCUUCCAGCAGCAACCCUUUGUGCUGAGGACUGAGGAGGCCAAGCCAGUGAUACGCAAUUACAACAGGAUAGGCAAGGUCCUCUUGGAGUUUGAGGUCCUCUACCACAGGGCGUGGCUUCAGCAGAUCGAAGAAAUCCACGUGGGUCUUGAGGCUUCUUUACUGGUGAAGGCUCCAGGCACAGGGGAAUUGUUUGUGAACUUUGAUCCUCAGAUAUUAAUCUUAUUUAGAGAAACGGAAUGCAUGUCCCAGAUGGGCCUGCCAGUCUCACCGUUUGCAGCUGCCCUCUUCCAGAAGCGGGAUGUGUACAAAAAGAACUUCAGUGAUGUGAAGAUGAUGCUGUCUGAAUACCAACGAGUGAAGUCGAAAAUGCCUCCUGCCAUUGAGCAAUUGAUGGUCCCGCACUUGGCAAGAGUUGAUGAAGCCCUCCAGCCCGGCCUGGCUGCCCUGACUUGGACAUCCCUGAAUAUUGAGACAUAUUUAGAAAAUGCAUUUGCAAAGAUCAAGGACCUGGAGCUUCUGCUUGACCGGGUCAAUGACUUGAUUGAGUUCCGCAUCAGCGCCAUUUUGGAAGAAAUGAGCAGCUUGCCACUUUGUCAGCUCCCUCAAGAGGACCCCCUCACUUGUGAAGAAUUCCUCCAAGUGACAAAGGACCUCUGUGUGAAUGGCGCGCAGACACUCCAUUUUAAAAGCUCCCUGGUGGAGGAAGCAGUCAAUGAGUUAAUAAACAUGUUACUGGACGUGGAUGUCCCACCUGAAGAAGCAAGUGAAAAAGUCUGUCAUGAGAAUGUUGGCUCUAAUGGUGACUCUUCAGGAAAAAGAGAAAGGUAUCCUGAGGUUUUGGCAUCUUCCUUUAAUGCUGGGGCUUGUCCUCUGCCUUUGCCAGCAAUCACAAGAAAGAAAAAAGAAAGUGAGACAUUAGAGGAAGCCCGUGAGCUGCUCUCCCAUUUUAACCAUCAAAACAUUGAUGCUCUUUUGAAAGUGACAAGGAAUACUCUCGAGGCUAUUCGCCGGCGCAUUCAUUUCUCACACAUGAUUAACUUCCGGGACAGUAACAAUGAAUCUAAGACGAAGCAGAACCAUCUUCCUAUUUUUCGGGCAAACAUCACUCUGGCCAUUCCCAACAUUGCUAUGAGUCCUGCUCUGGAAGACAUACAGCAGACACUGAACAAGGCUGUGGAAUGCAUCAUCAGUGUGCCCAAGGGGGUUAGACAGUGGAGCAUCGAGCUGCUGUCCAUGAGAAAGAUGCAUGAAAGGAAAAUGGCUGCUCUGAAGAUCACUGAAGACAGUGAUUCUGAUGCUGAGGUGGAAGAAAGUGAACAGCAAGAAUCCCUGGAGAUAGCAUCUAUAAACUUGCCCAUUCCUGUACAAACCCAGAAUUACUAUAAGAAUAUUUCUGACAACAAAGAGAUUGUAAAAUUAGUCUCUGUGCUCAGCACAAUCAUCAGCUCCACCAAGAAGGAAGUUAUCACAUCCAUGGAUCGCUUCAAAUGCUACAAUCACAUUUGGCAGAAGGAGAAAGAAGAAACCAUUAAGGCAUUUAUUGAACAAAACCCUUUGCUUUCUGAAUUUGAGUCCAGGAUUCUUUAUUUCCAAAGUCUGGAGCAGGAAAUUAUGGCAGAGCCCGAAUACAUCAGUGUGGGUUCCAUUGCUCUGUACACAGCUGACUUGAAGUUUUCCCUGACUGCCGAGACGAAAGCCUGGAUGGUUGUUAUUGGCCGUCACUGCAACAAAAAGUACAGGGCUGAGAUGGAGAACAUUUUUGCAGUUGUUGAAGAAUUUCAAAAGAAGCUGAACCGGCCAAUCAAAGACUUGGAUGAUAUUCGGAUCGCCAUGGCAGCCCUGAAAGAAAUCAGGGAGCAGCAGAUUUCCACUGACUUCCAAGUGGGACCCAUUGAGGAAUCUUAUGCCCUGCUUAACAAGUAUGGACUUCUGGUAGCCAAGGAAGAGAUGGACAAAGUUGAUACUCUGCGCUACACUUGGGAAAAGCUGCUGGCCCGGGCCAGUGACCUUCAGAAUGAGCUAGUCACCCUGCAGCCCAGUUUCCGGAAAGAGCUGAUUGGUGUGGUCGAAGUGUUCCUCCAAGACUGUCGGCAGUUUUACCUGGACUACGAUUUGAAUGGUCCAAUGGUGAGUGGCUUGAAGCCCCAGGAAGCCAGCGACAGGCUUGUUAUGUUUCAGAAUCAGUUUGAUAACAUAUAUCGUAAGUAUAUCACCUACACCAGAGGAGAGGAACUUUUUGGUUUGCCAGUUACUCCGUAUCCUCAGCUUCUUGAGAUAAAGAAGCAGCUAAAUCUUCUCCAGAAAAUAUACAGCCUGUACAACAGCGUCAUAGACACCGUGAAUAGUUACCAGGACGUCCUGUGGUCGGAAGUGAAUAUUGAAAAAAUCAACAAUGAGCUCUUAGAAUUCCAAAGCAGGUGUCGGAAGCUGCCCCGGGCCCUAAAGGAUUGGCAGGCCUUUCUGGAUCUGAAGAAGACCAUUGAUGAUUUUAGCGAGUGUUGCCCACUGUUGGAGUACAUGGCCAGUAAAGCCAUGAUGGAGAGACACUGGCAGAGGAUAACUGCUCUCACUGGGCACAGUCUGGAUGUGGGCAAUGAAACCUUUAAGUUAAGAAAUAUUAUGGAGGCUCCUCUUCUGAAAUACAAAGAGGAAAUAGAGGACAUCUGCAUCGGCGCAGUGAAGGAGAGAGACAUUGAACAAAAGCUGAAACAAGUGAUCAAUGAGUGGGACAACAAAACGUUGACAUUCAGCAGCUUCAAGACCCGUGGAGAACUCCUCCUGAGGGGAGACAGCACCUCAGAGGUCAUCGCCAGCAUGGAGGACAGCUUGAUGCUGCUGGGCUCUCUCCUGAGCAACAGGUACAACAUGCCAUUCAAAGCUAAGAUUCAAAAAUGGAUUCAAUGCCUUUCUAACUCAACAGACAUCAUUGAGAACUGGAUGAUGGUUCAAAACCUGUGGGUUUAUCUAGAGGCUGUCUUCGUGGGAGGGGACAUUGCCAAGCAGUUGCCCAAGGAAGCCAAGCGCUUUUCCAAUAUAGAUAAGUCUUGGGUGAAGAUUAUGACCCGGGCACAUGAGAUAUCAAAUGUGGUUCAGUGCUGUGUCGGAGAUGAGACCAUGGGACAGCUGCUGCCACACUUGCUGGACCAGUUGGAAAUCUGCCAGAAGUCCCUCACAGGAUACCUGGAGAAGAAAAGGCUGUGCUUUCCGCGAUUCUUCUUCGUGUCGGACCCUGCUCUGCUGGAGAUUCUGGGCCAGGCAUCGGACUCCCACACCAUCCAGGCCCAUUUGCUGAAUGUGUUUGACAACAUUAAAACUGUCAAGUUCCAUGAGAAGGUCUAUGAUCGAAUCCUGUCCAUUUCCUCUCGGGAGGGUGAGACAAUUGAAUUGGACAAACCUGUGAUGGCAGAGGGCAAUGUAGAAGUCUGGCUUAACUCCCUGCUGGAGGAAUCCCAGUCCUCAUUACAUCUUGUGAUUCGCCAGGCAGCCGCAAAUAUUCAAGAAACAGGUUUCCAAUUGAUUGAAUUUCUUUCUUCCUUCCCUGCCCAGGUUGGAUUAUUAGGGAUUCAAAUGAUAUGGACCCGGGACUCAGAAGAAGCCCUUCAAAAUGCGAAGUUUGAUAAGAAAAUCAUGCAGAAGACAAACCAGUCCUUUCUGGAGUUACUGAACACGCUGAUCGACAUGACCACAAAGGACCUGAGUCCCGUGGAACGAGUUAAAUACGAGACUCUGAUUACUAUCCAUGUGCACCAAAGGGACAUCUUUGAUGACCUGUGUCACAUGCACGUCAAGAGCACUACGGACUUUGAGUGGCUGAAGCAGUGCCGGUUUUAUUUUAAGGAAGACUCUGACAAGAUGAUGAUCCACAUCACAGACGUGGCUUUCAUGUACCAGAAUGAAUUUUUAGGCUGCACUGACAGGCUUGUCAUAACUCCGCUCACAGACAGAUGCUACAUCACCUUGGCUCAAGCUCUGGGAAUGAGCAUGGGAGGAGCCCCUGCUGGUCCUGCAGGAACAGGCAAGACAGAAACCACCAAGGAUAUGGGCCGGUGUCUCGGGAAAUACGUUGUGGUUUUCAACUGCUCUGACCAGAUGGAUUUCCGAGGACUGGGGCGGAUAUUCAAAGGGCUGGCACAGUCUGGGUCCUGGGGCUGCUUUGAUGAAUUCAACCGUAUCGAUCUACCAGUUCUCUCCGUAGCAGCCCAGCAAAUCUCCAUUAUUCUCACGUGUAAAAAGGAGCGGAAAAAAUCUUUCAUUUUUACCGAUGGAGAUAAUGUGACCAUGAACCCAGAAUUUGGACUUUUUCUCACUAUGAACCCUGGCUAUGCGGGGCGCCAGGAACUCCCUGAGAACCUGAAGAUAAACUUCCGCUCCGUGGCCAUGAUGGUCCCUGACCGGCAGAUCAUCAUCAGGGUGAAGCUGGCCAGCUGUGGCUUCAUCGACAACGUAGUCCUGGCCAGGAAAUUUUUCACACUCUACCAGCUGUGUGAAGAGCAGCUCUCGAAGCAGGUCCACUAUGACUUUGGCCUACGUAACAUUUUGUCAGUUCUGCGUACACUGGGGGCAGCAAAACGAGCCAGUCCCACGGAUACAGAGUCUACCAUUGUAAUGCGCGUGCUCCGUGACAUGAAUCUUUCCAAACUGAUUGAUGAAGAUGAACCCCUGUUUCUGAGUUUGAUUGAAGAUCUAUUCCCAAAUAUUCUUUUGGACAAAGCAGGCUACCCUGAGCUGGAGACAGCGAUCAGUAAACAGGUUGAGGAAGCCGGCUUAAUUGACCACCCUCCUUGGAAACUGAAAGUCAUCCAGCUUUUUGAAACGCAGAGGGUGAGGCACGGAAUGAUGACCCUUGGGCCCAGUGGAGCAGGGAAGACCACUUGCAUCCACACCCUGAUGAAAGCCAUGACAGAUUGUGGAAAACCGCACAGAGAAAUGAGGAUGAAUCCCAAAGCAAUUACUGCCCCACAGAUGUUUGGUCGACUUGAUGUGGCUACAAAUGAUUGGACCGACGGGAUAUUUUCUACCCUUUGGAGGAAAACCCUGAAAGCCAAGAAAGGGGAACAUAUCUGGAUAGUUCUCGAUGGUCCAGUUGACGCCAUCUGGAUUGAAAAUCUGAAUUCUGUUUUGGAUGAUAAUAAAACCCUGACUCUGGCCAAUGGUGACCGGAUUCCCAUGGCUCCAAACUGCAAGAUUGUUUUUGAACCUCAUAACAUCGACAAUGCGUCUCCUGCCACCGUCUCAAGAAACGGAAUGGUUUUCAUGAGUUCCUCUGUCCUUGAUUGGAGUCCUAUUCUUGAGGGUUUCCUCAAGAGACGGUCUUUUCAAGAGGCAGAAAUCCUGCGACAGCUGUAUGCGGAGACUUUCCCAGAACUGUAUCAUUUCAGUGUUCAGAACCUAGAGUACAAGAUGGAGGUCCUGGAAGCCUUUGUCAUCACACAGAGUACCCGGAUGCUGCAAGGGCUGAUCCCUCCAAAGGAGCAGGCUGGAGAGGUAGGCCCAGAGCACCUGGGGAGGCUGUUUGUUUUUGCCAUGAUGUGGAGUGUGGGUGCAGUCCUGGAGCUGGAAGGUCGCAGCAGGCUGGAACUCUGGCUGCGCUCGCGGGAGGUGCCCACUCUGCCCCUGCCGCAGUCAAUGGAUCCUGGGGACACCAUGUUCGACUACUAUGUUGCACCGGAUGGUUCCUGGAGGCAUUGGAGCCUGUGUACCCCGGAAUAUGUGUAUCCACCUGAUAUCACCCCAGAAUAUGGUUCUAUCCUGGUGCCAAAUGUUGACAAUGUGAGGACUGACUUCCUGAUCAACACCAUUGCCAAACAAGGCAAGGCUGUGCUGUUGAUUGGUGAACAAGGGACAGCUAAAACAGUCAUAAUCAAAGGAUUUAUGUCAAAAUAUGACCCCGAAAGUCACGUGGUCAAGAAUCUGAACUUCUCUUCGGCGACCACUCCAUUGAUGUUUCAGAGGACAAUAGAGAGCUAUGUGGAUAAACGUAUGGGCACAACAUAUGGUCCUCCUGCAGGGAAGAAGAUGGCUGUCUUUAUUGAUGAUUUGAAUAUGCCAGUAAUCAACGAAUGGGGUGAUCAGGUUACUAAUGAGAUUGUCCGACAGCUGAUGGAACAAAAUGGAUUCUAUAACCUAGAGAAACCUGGAGAGUUUACUAGCAUUGUAGACAUCCAGUUCUUGGCAGCCAUGAUCCAUCCUGGGGGUGGACGCAAUGACAUACCACAGCGAUUGAAGAGGCAGUUCUCCGUAUUCAACUGCACUUUGCCUUCAGAAGCUUCCAUGGACAGAAUCUUUGGGGUGAUUGGGGUCGGCUACUACUGCUCCCAGCGGGGUUUCUCUGAGGAAGUGAGAGAUGCUGUGAUGAAGCUGGUGCCCCUGACACGCCGCCUGUGGCAGAUGACCAAAGUGAAAAUGCUCCCCACACCUGCAAGAUUCCACUACGUGUUCAACCUUCGCGACCUUUCCAGGAUCUGGCAGGGCAUGCUGAACAUCACCUCAGAGGUCAUCCCAGACACAGGUGAACUGCUCAGGCUGUGGAAGCAUGAGUGUAAACGGGUGAUAGCCGACCGCUUCACCACAUUCGGUGAUGUGACGUGGUUUGAUAAGGCUUUAGUCAGUUUGGUCGAGGAGGAGUUUGGUGGAGAGAAAACACCGGUGGUGGACUGUGGAGUUGAUGCUUAUUUUGUGGAUUUCUUGAGGGAUGCACCGGAAGCUACAGGUGAAACAUCUGAAGAACCUGAGGCUGAAAUACCAAAGCUUUAUGAGCCAAUCGAAUCCCUUAAUCACCUGAGAGAGCGCUUGAGUGUGUUCCUGCAGCUCUAUAAUGAGACCAUCCGUGGCACUGGCAUGGACCUGGUAUUCUUCACAGAUGCAAUGGUCCACUUAGUCAAGAUCUCUCGAGUCAUUCGCACUCCCCGGGGAAAUGCCCUCCUGGUUGGUGUGGGCGGAUCAGGAAAACAGAGCCUGACAAGGUUGGCUUCAUUCAUUGCUGGCUAUGCCUCUUUCCAGAUCACUUUGACAAGAUCCUACAACACAGCAAACCUGAUGGAAGACCUGAAGGGUCUAUACAGGACCGCCGGCCAGGCAGGCAAAGGAGUCACUUUCAUUUUCACAGACAACGACAUUAAAGACGAGUCGUUUUUGGAAUACAUGAACAACGUUCUGUCAUCAGGAGAGGUCUCCAACUUAUUUGCUCGAGAUGAAAUUGAUGAAAUUAACAGUGACCUGACCUCAGUCAUGAAAAAGGAGCACCCCAAGCGUCCUCCCACUAAUGACAACCUGUAUGAGUACUUCAUGAGCAGGGUCAGAGGGAACCUUCACAUUGUGCUCUGCUUUUCACCUGUUGGAGAGAAGUUUCGAAAUCGAGCUUUGAAGUUCCCUGCCCUCAUUUCGGGAUGCACAAUUGACUGGUUCAGCCGAUGGCCCAAGGAUGCUUUAGUUGCCGUGUCGGAAUAUUUCCUCUCAUCCUAUGAUAUCGACUGCAGCGUGGAAGUCAGGAAAGAAGUGGUCCAGUGCAUGGGCUCCUUCCAGGAUGGGGUGGCUGAGAAAUGUGCUGACUAUUUCCAGAGAUUCCGGCGCUCUACACACGUGACGCCCAAGUCGUACCUCUCCUUUAUUCAGGGCUAUAAGUUUAUAUAUGGAGAAAAGCAUGCCGAGGUGCAGAGCCUGGCCAACAGAAUGAAUACUGGAUUGGAAAAGCUGAAAGAAGCUUCAGAGUCGGUCGCAGCCCUGAGCAGAGAACUGGAAGUGAAAGAAAAGGAGCUACAAGUGGCCAACGACAAAGCUGACACAGUCUUAAAGGAAGUCACACUGAAAGCACAGGCCGCUGAGAAGGUCAAGGCUGAGGUCCAAAAGGUGAAGGACAAAGCUCAGGCCAUUGUAGACAGCAUCUCGAAGGACAAAGCCAUCGCUGAAGAGAAACUAGAGGCAGCAAAGCCGGCUCUAGAAGAAGCAGAAGCUGCGCUGCUGACCAUCAAGCCCUCUGACAUCGCCACAGUGCGCACACUGGGUAGACCCCCUCACCUCAUCAUGCGGAUCAUGGACUGUGUGCUGCUGCUGUUUCAGAGGAAGGUCAACCCGGUGAAAAUUGACCUGGAAAAAAGCUGUACCGUGCCUUCCUGGCAGGAAUCUUUAAAACUGAUGACGGCAGGGAACUUUCUCCAGAACCUACAGCAAUUCCCCAAAGACACGAUCAAUGAAGAAGUGAUAGAAUUUUUGAAUCCUUACUUUGAAAUGGCCGAUUACAACAUUGAGACUGCCAAACGCGUAUGUGGGAAUGUAGCUGGUCUUUGUUCCUGGACCAAAGCCAUGGCUUCCUUCUUUUCUAUAAACAAGGAGGUGCUGCCUCUGAAGGCCAACUUGGUAGUGCAAGAGAAUCGCCACAUGCUGGCCAUGCAGGACCUGCAGAAGGCCCAGGCAGAGCUGGACGACAAACAAGCAGAACUCGAUGUGGUGCAGGCCGAGUAUGAACAGGCCACGAGUGAGAAGCAGACCUUGCUUGAAGAUGCAGAGCGAUGCAGGCAUAAAAUGCAGACAGCGUCCACGCUCAUCAGUGGCUUGGCAGGUGAAAAGGAACGAUGGACAGAACAAAGCAAAGAGUUUGCUGCACAAACUAAACGACUUGUAGGGGAUGUGCUUCUGGCGACAGCUUUUCUAUCAUAUUCUGGUCCAUUUAACCAAGAGUUUCGAGAUCUGCUGUUAAAUGAUUGGAAGAAGGAAAUGAAAGCCCGUAAAAUUCCAUUUGGGAAUGAUCUAAAUCUUAAUGAGAUGUUGAUUGAUGCCCCUACUAUCAGUGAGUGGAAUCUACAAGGCCUUCCAAAUGACGAUCUGUCUAUCCAGAAUGGGAUUAUUGUCACAAAAGCAUCUCGCUAUCCUCUGCUAAUUGAUCCACAGAUUCAAGGCAAGAUCUGGAUUAAAAAUAAAGAAAGUCAAAAUGAACUCCAGACUACAUCUCUAACCCAUAAGUACUUUAGAAACCACCUGGAGGACAGCCUUUCCCUUGGACGGCCGCUACUCAUAGAAGAUGUUGGGGAGGAACUUGAUCCUGCUCUGGACAAUGUUUUGGAAAAAAACUUCAUUAAGUCCGGAUCUACCUUUAAGGUGAAAGUUGGUGACAAGGAAGUAGAUGUUAUGGAUGGCUUUAAACUCUACAUUACUACCAAGCUGCCAAAUCCAGCCUACACCCCAGAAAUAAGUGCUCGGACCUCCAUCAUUGACUUCACAGUCACUAUGAGAGGCUUGGAGGAUCAGUUACUUGGGAGAGUCAUCCUCAUGGAGAAACAGGAAUUGGAGAAAGAGCGAACUCAUCUCAUGGAGGAUGUAACAGCAAACAAGAGAAAGAUGAAGGAGCUGGAAGAUAAUUUGCUUUAUCGCCUGACGAGCACUCAAGGGUCCCUGGUGGAAGAUGAGAGUCUCAUUGUUGUGCUGAGCAAUACCAAAAAGACAGCUGAGGAGGUGACACAGAAGCUGGACAUUUCUGUAGAGACAGAAAUUCAAAUUAACUCAGCCCGGGAGGAGUACCGACCUGUUGCUACACGGGGCAGCAUCCUCUACUUCCUCAUCACUGAGAUGCGCUUGGUUAAUGAGAUGUAUCAGACUUCGCUCCGGCAGUUUCUGGGCUUGUUUGACCUUUCCUUAUCCAGGUCUGUCAAGAGCCCAAUUACAAGCAAGAGGAUUGCUAAUAUCAUUGAGCACAUGACCUAUGAGGUUUUCAAAUAUGCUGCCCGAGGCUUAUACGAGGAACACAAAUUCUUGUUCACAUUGUUGCUCACCUUAAAGAUUGACAUCCAGAGGAACCGAGUCAAGCAUGAGGAGUUUCUCACCCUCAUUAAAGGUGGUGCCUCAUUGGAUCUUAAAGCUUGUCCUCCUAAACCAUCAAAAUGGAUCCUGGACAUGUCCUGGCUGAACUUGGUGGAACUUAGCAACUUAGACAGUUUUUCAGACAUCCUCGAUCAGAUAUCAAGAAAUGAAAAACUGUAAAUUUGGUUUGACAAAGAAAACCCAGAGGAGGAACCUCUUCCAAAUGCCUAUGAUAAAUCUCUUGACUGCUUCAGACGUCUUCUCCUUAUUAGGUCCUGGUGUCCCGACAGAACCAUUGCCCAGGCUCGCAAGUACAUCAUGGACUCUAUGGGAGAGAACUAUGCAGAGGGAGUUAUCCUGGACUUGGAAAAGACAUGGGAGGAAUCUGACCCACGGACACCACUCAUCUGCCUCCUGUCCAUGGGCUCUGACCCCACAGAUUCCAUCAUUGCUUUGGGGAAGAGACUAAAAAUAGAAACACGCUAUGUGUCCAUGGGCCAGGGUCAGGAGGUCCACGCAAGGAAGCUGCUGCACCAGACCAUGGCAAAUGGCGGAUGGGUCCUAUUACAGAACUGCCACCUGGGCCUUGACUUCCUGCCUGAACUAAUGGACAUAAUCUCAGAAACAGAGACUGUGCAUGACACUUUCCGCCUGUGGAUCACCACCGAGGUUCACAAGCAGUUUCCUAUAACUCUCCUGCAGAUGUCCAUCAGGUUUGCUAACGAGCCACCUCAGGGCCUGCGGGCGGGCCUGAAAAGAACCUACAGUGGUGUGAGCCAGGACCUGCUGGAUGUGAGUGUGGGGGCCCAAUGGAAGCCCAUGUUGUAUGCAGUGGCCUUUCUCCACUCGACUGUCCAGGAGAGGCGCAAGUUCGGUCCCCUGGGGUGGAAUAUCCCCUAUGAAUUUAAUCAAGCAGACUUCAAUGCCACUGUGCAGUUCAUUCAAAACCACUUGGAUGAUAUGGAUCUCAAGAAGGGUGUGUCCUGGACCACUGUCCGCUACAUGAUUGGAGAGAUCCAGUAUGGAGGCAGAGUCACCGAUGACUACGAUAAGAGGCUGUUGAACACAUUUGCUAAGGUUUGGUUCAGUGAAAAUAUGUUUGGGUCAGAUUUCACCUUUUACCAAGGAUACAACAUUCCAAAAUGCAGCACAGUGGAUGGCUAUCUUCAGUACAUUCAGAGCUUGCCUGCCUAUGACACUCCGGAGGUGUUUGGAUUGCACCCCAAUGCUGACAUCACUUACCAGAGCAAGCUGGCCAAGGAUGUGCUGGACACCAUCCUGGGCAUCCAGCCUAAAGACAGCUCUGGUGGAGGGGACGAGACACGGGAGACUGUGGUGACCCGCCUGGCUGAAGAUAUGCUGCAGAAGCUUCCAGAAGAUUACAGCCCUUUUGAUGUGAAAGAGAGAUUGCAGAAGAUGGGGCCUUUCCAGCCCAUGAACAUUUUCCUCAGGCAGGAGAUUGAUAGGAUGCAGAGGGUGCUCAGCCUCGUCCGCAGCACCCUAACUGAGCUGAAACUGGCUCUUGAUGGCACCAUUAUCAUGAGCGAAAAUCUGCGAGAUGCUCUGGAUUGUAUGUUUGAUGCCAGAAUCCCUGCCCGGUGGAAAAAGGCAUCGUGGGUUUCAAGCACCCUGGGCUUCUGGUUUACUGAGCUUCUAGAAAGAAACUGCCAGUUCACCUCCUGGGUUUUCAAUGGCCGACCCCAUUGCUUUUGGAUGACAGGAUUUUUUAACCCCCAGGGAUUUUUAACUGCGAUGCGACAGGAAAUAACUCGGGCCAACAAAGGCUGGGCUCUGGACAAUAUGGUUCUUUGCAAUGAAGUCACCAAAUUGGCAAAGGAUGACAUUUCUGCCCCUCCUCCAGAGGGAGUCUAUGUCUAUGGCUUAUAUCUUGAGGGUGCUGGCUGGGACAAAAGAAACAUGAAACUCAUUGAAUCUAAACCCAAAGUGCUUUUUGAGUUGAUGCCUGUCAUACGGAUUUAUGCAGAAAACAACACUGUAAGAGAUCCCCGGUUGUACUGCUGCCCCAUCUACAAGAAGCCAGUUCGAACAGACUUGAACUACAUCGCUGCUGUGGACCUCAAGACAGUCCAGGCCCCUGAACACUGGGUUCUCCGUGGGGUUGCCCUUCUCUGUGAUGUCAAAUAA